CGUGGGGCUCGUAGAGCAACGGCUGGGCCGCCCAAUGAGCGGGCGGGUUCCGUGUCCGGGGCGUGGCAGAAACGGUCGUCAGGGGCGUGGCGGCAGUUGCUUGGGCGGGGCCGGUAGCGGCGGGAGCUGUGCUGGCCAGGGGUUCCGGCUGCAUUUCCAUGAGCGCCGCCGGCAGUCGCGGAGCUGCAGGAACCGGGCUGGGGGCAAGCCGGGCCGCGGUAGUCAACCACGCGCAGCUUUUAGGUUAAUUUGAAUAGGAGAUCUGACCCGAGCGGCCCAGCUAUACAACUCUUCAAGGACAGUCAAUAUUUGCAGUAGAGAGGAAGAAGGGACAUAGGUCAAGAUGAAUGCCAUGCUAGAGACCCCCGAGCUCCCGGCCGUGUUUGACGGGGUAAAGCUGGCUGCCGUGGCUGCCGUGUUGUAUGUGAUCGUCCGCUGCUUGAAUCUGAAGAGCCCCACAGCCCCGCCUGACCUCUACUUCCAGGACUCGGGGCUCUCACGCUUUCUGCUCAAGUCCUGUCCUCUUCUGACCAAAGAAUACAUUCCACCAUUGAUCUGGGGGAAAAGUGGACACAUCCAAACCGCCUUGUAUGGGAAGAUGGGAAGGGUGAGGUCGCCACACCCCUACGGGCACCGCAAGUUCAUCACCAUGUCCGAUGGAGCCACUUCGACCUUCGACCUCUUUGAGCCCUUGGCUGAGCACUGUGUCGGAGAUGACGUUACCAUGGUCAUCUGCCCUGGAAUUGCCAAUCACAGCGAGAAGCAGUACAUCCGCACCUUCGUCGACUACGCCCAGAAAAAUGGCUACCGGUGCGCCGUGCUCAACCACCUGGGUGCCUUGCCCAACAUUGAGCUGACCUCACCGCGCAUGUUCACCUACGGUUGCACCUGGGAAUUUGGAGCCAUGGUCAACUACAUCAAGAAGACAUAUCCCCAGACCCAGCUGGUCGUCGUGGGCUUCAGCCUGGGUGGUAACAUCGUGUGUAAAUACUUGGGGGAGACUCAGGCAAACCAAGAGAAGGUCCUGUGCUGCGUCAGCGUGUGCCAGGGGUACAGCGCUCUGAGGGCCCAGGAGACCUUCAUGCAGUGGGAUCAGUGCCGACGCUUCUACAACUUCCUCAUGGCUGACAACAUGAAGAAGAUCAUCCUCUCACACAGGCAAGCUCUUUUUGGAGACCAUGUUAAGAAACCCCAGAGCCUGGAGGACACAGACUUGAGCCGCCUCUACACAGCCACAUCCCUGAUGCAGAUCGAUGACAACGUGAUGAGGAAGUUCCACGGCUAUACCUCCCUGAAGGAAUAUUACGAGGAGGAAAGCUGCAUGCGGUACCUGCACAGGAUCUAUGUGCCUCUCAUGCUGGUUAAUGCAGCUGAUGACCCCUUGGUGCACGAAAGCCUCCUAACCAUUCCAAAAUCUCUUUCAGAGAAACGGGAGAACGUCAUGUUUGUGCUGCCUCUGCACGGGGGCCACCUGGGCUUCUUUGAGGGUUCCGUGCUGUUCCCCGAGCCGCUGACAUGGAUGGAUAAGCUGGUGGUGGAGUAUGCCAACGCCAUUUGCCAGUGGGAACGUAACAAGUCCCAGUGCUCUGACACUGAGCAGGUGGAGGCCGAGCUGGAGUGAGGCCUCCCAGACUCUGGCGCGGCCCAGCCACCUCCCCUGGAACCCGCGUCCCCCACCGGCUGUUUCAGGUCCCCCAUCUCCCUCGGUGACCUGGAUCUGACCUCAUGCCAUCAGCGGGGACGACCCACCAGGCACACCUGUGCCGGAGUAGGCCUCCGUCCCUGGGAGCUCCAGGCUAUUUUUUGUGCUUAGUUACUGGUUUUCUCCAUUGCAUUGUUAUCCAUGGUGACAAGCGACAGGGUUCUCACCCUCCUGUCCACUUUCAGCAUUUGAUUGCUUUUAAGCCAAUUACAUCUAGUUUCCCUAUUAAAAAUGUGUCUGAACAGCAGUUUUGCUUUGCCAAUCAAAAAGGCUUGUCUCCAAGAGCAGUGAAGGAUGUAUGCUAUUCUGUUGUGGUCGUGUGUGUCCUUACGGAGACCCUGGUGAGCCCUCGCCCAUCUAGGCCGAUGCUGAAGAGGCAGGUCAGCUUGGGAGUGAAGCACCUAGGCCUCCCACGCUGCCAUGUGGCUCCUCACGUGGCCAAGAAAGUUCCCUGGAGUCACGAGCCAGGUUCCUCCCUUACAGUCUCCUAAGACAGUCUCCCCACAGCUUUGCCAACGAUGAGAGUUACCUGGGGCACUUGUUAAAAAUUCAGCCUCCCAGGUCCCUCCCCUGGGAGAGGCCAAUACAGUGGGUCUGGGAAGGGGUCUGGAGAUUUUAAUUUUUGACAAGUGCCCCUGGUGAUCCUCAUCACAGGGCAAAUUUGGGAAACACUGUUCUACUGCAGGGCCUUUCAAUGAGAAACAUCUCGGUAGCUCAUUUUAUGGAAAUGUAUGGGUAGACGUGUCCUUUAGCUCCCAGGGGUCUCCAAAGCAGGAGCCCCUGUCAUGUCCAGCUGCCCUGGCGUGGCCACAGUGUGAUGUCUCGGGAGAGGGCCUGGUGGGGAGGGAAGGGUUUCGGUGACACCGGACUCUGCCUUUCCCUGGCUGUAUGACCCUGGACAAGUCCCUCUGAACUUUCGUUUCUUCACCGAUAAAAUGGGGGACUUGGACCAGGCGGAUGGCCGAGACCGCUGCCAGUUCGAAUGAUCCAUGACAAACUCAGCUUGCUGAGGUUUGAGAGAACAUCCCUCCAGGGAAGCCUGGGAGUUACUCUCCUCGUCUACACCUGUGGAUGUCAUCAUUUGCCUUUUUUUCCUGUCCCUCAUUUUCAUAGAAAGAGGUGUUUUGGGUUUUUGGGUUUUUUUUUAGACAUUUAAUGGUAAUUUUACUUUUUUAACCCAAGUCUUUCUAGCUCUGGCUUUUGAUAACCAAACAAUUCGAAAGCUGGAUCUGAGUUUGGAGAAAGAUCUUUCCAACCAAAAAGGGUGUUAUUUUGAAACCAGAUUUUUAAUUUAAUGGCCUAUAUUUAUAGUCUGUUGGAUAGCUUUUUCCAAAAUGUGUCUUUUCAAAUGAAAAUGUUAUUCGAGGUUUCAAGUACUCCUUUUCUCCAGUCCUGUGGUACUUGAAUAUCUAAAAACCCUGCACUUUGAAAAAUCAGCAGUUGCUAUCUGGAACUAAAUGGAACUAUGAGUGAAAUUGCCUGGAUACACUUUUUUUUUUUUAAUGUUCUUGCUUCAUCUCCUUUGCUCCAGGACAGAUAGGAUUAUAAAUAGUGGGUCUGUGUGGAUGUUUCAGGGGUAAAGGGAGCCACCUGAGGGCCUGGAGGUGUCCCUCACGGCCACAGGUAGAUGUGGUUUGGGUGUCGGUCCAAGUGACUAUGACGGUCUGCAACCUGAAGUUGUUUUCUGACAAUCACCAGAUCAUCCUAAUCAAUACCAUCGAGAACAGCCAGUGUCUCAAAAGAUUGAGACUUCCGUGGUCCCCACAAUUGCUUUGUUGUAAUCGCUUACACACACCAAAUUCGUCAUUGUGACUCCCCCACCCCCACCCCGCCGCGCAACUGUUAUUUUUCUGGUACAUUUCCUUUCCAUGUUCUUUUAGCACAGAUUGGCACUUUAUCAUCUACCCCCUCCAUUUGGAAGCUGGUCCCCUCCCCUCCGUUGCUUUCCC